AUGAACCUUGCUUCUCCCAUGUCCGCCGCGGACUACGUACCGGGAUCCAACGGUGGUAGUCCGGUCCAAUUUAUAAAAGAGUACAUUGAACAGACGCUAAACACGCCGCCGGGCGUGCCCAUCAGUGUGGUGGCGGACCACUACAAACGGCAGCGGCUCAUCGAAGAAAUUCGAGACUCAGAAAUUGAGUACGUCGAGAUGCUCAAAAUCCUGCAAACGUGUUUCUUGCAGGUGCUGUCCCUCAACGACUAUGUGCCGAUAAAACUUUUGAACAGCGUUGUUACGCGAAUCCUGAGUCGCCACGCGCAGUUCAGCCAUGACCUGGACGAAUUGCUGAAAAAUCGGGUGCGCAGAUUUGACGAGUUCCGUCAAAUCCACUGGAGUGACCAGUUUCUGCACUGUUGGGACCAGUUGGACCUGUGCCACGAGGUCGCGCUCCUGCUGACCAGCGACGUGAUCCACGUCAAGCAGUACCGUGCGUAUUUUUCCUAUUACUAUCAGAUUAGUGAACUGCUGUCCCGUAUGAGCGAAGAGGGCCAGGACGGCCUUCUGUUUGCCAUACUUCUGCGCAUCGAGCUGUGCCUCCCCAAGUACUAUGCGCACAAUUCUCCGCAGGGUUACAAACGCGAUUUUUCGUUCCGGGCCAUGAUCCAGCUACCCAUGAGUCGCGUUUCGAAGUAUCGCCUGUUCUUGGAGUCGAUGGCCGCGUUGACCGCGAAUUGUUCCGUCAUUGACAAAGAAAGUUUUGGCAAGGACCUGUCCAGCGAGUUUUCGUCGCACAUCCAGCUUGCGCUCGAGACCAUGUACCGCACUCUGUCACAAAUAAACGAGCCCGCGAUCAACGAGUCUGUCGACGACACACUGGCGGUAAUACAAAGGCGACUCGUGUUCCCGGUUCCGGAUGAGCAUUUGUCCAUCGAGGCCCUGGGCAGCUGUUUUUUGCGAGGCUGCCUCGCGGUGGCCUGGAUGGAGGCCGAGGGCUCGAAUUACUCUUUCAGCUCGUACCGCAAGUCCCGGUACUUGAACAGUUUUUACAGGACGAAAAGAAGCUUGCAGCUGGCAGGCGGCCAGUUCGGCGUGUUUCUGUUCAAGUCGUACUUGAUUUUCGCGUCUAUUCCUUUACCCACGGACGACGACACCGCGUCGGACAGUCAGUGGGCAAUAAAAUUCGCCGUACGGCUGGCGGACUGCCGGUUGCUGGACACAUCCGCGACCGAUUGCGACGCGGGGCUCUGCACCAAUUACGAGUUUUCGCUGAAAUUGCAGUUCGAAUACGAUUUCAAGCUGUGGGAAAUGCUCAUCGUGGCCCGAAACGAAGCGGAACACGUUGCAUGGCGAAGAGAGCUCAGACUGUUCAUCGAUGUCAUCAACGGACCGCACCAAUUCGGCCCCGCGUACCAAGUGGGAAUUUCGCAGUCUACUUUGGAAAGCACGCUCCAUUUCAGCGAUUCGACGACCAUACCAAGUCUAAUGGUGCCCUUGAAAGCGUACAAUCCGCAACUCUCAGGGAAGCUGGAUCGUGUGCGAGCCGUGAGACGGCUCGCACGCAACUAUAGCAGUUGCAGUUACGGUUCACGUCGUUUUGCCGUCGAAGUCGAGUUCCGGGACUUUGGUUUCGACCUUUUCACUUCUGCGACUUGGUUUCCCAAGAGUGCCCGCUACGAGCACCGGCCCGACUCCAGCUCUCUUUCGCUGAGCGUCUCCAAGGCCGCGACGCUCGACGCAGAUGACGGAUUGCGCUUGGACACCCCGUCGCAGUACGACGCACCAAUCGGAGCCACAGCCACAGCCGCAGCCGCAGCCGCAGCCGCAGCCGCUGUGACCCCCACAUCGACUUCGACUUCGGCGGCUCUGUCGGCCGCUCCGUCGGCCGCUCCGUCGGCGUUCAAGCUGGAAAUCACCAGACUGGCGCGGGCGGGGAUCGAACGCGCGUUGCAGCAAGUGUGGACAGACUACCUACCGCUGACCGGCGCCGGUUCCCCUGCGCCACUGGACCUGCCAGAGGCAUCGGUGCGCGAGCGCGCCGUUGCCGCGGCAACCAAAGUCAAGACUCUCCACCGCGCUAACUCCGAAAACUGCGUGGCCACGUCCCCGGCCACAAGCCGCACCCUGAGCACCAGAAGAUGGUCCAUCCGGUGCGUGUUCUCGCGCAAGCGCACCGGCUAG